AUGGCCAUGGGGAGGAUCAUAUUCUAUGAGGACCGCAACUUCCAGGGUCGCUCCUAUGAGACCAGCAACGACUGCCCUGAGCUGACCUCGUACCUGAGCAGAUGUAACUCCUGCAGGGUGGAGAGUGGCCUCUUCAUGGUCUAUGAGAAGCCAAACUUCAUGGGCCACCAGAUGCUGGUGAGGAGGGGCGAGUAUCCAGACAACCAGCGCCUGAUGGGAAUGAGUAUGAGCGACUGCAUCAGGUCCAGUCGCAUGAUUCCCAUGCACAGGGGACCCUUCAGAAUGAGGAUCUAUGAAAACGAGAACUUUGGAGGCCAGAUGCACGAGCUUCAGGACGACUGCGACAACAUGCAGGAUCGUUUCCGCAUGUCCGACUGCCAGUCCUGCAACGUGAUGGACGGCCACUGGCUGAUGUUCGAGCAGCCCAACUACCGAGGCAAGAUGCUGUACCUGAGGCCAGGAGAGUACAGGAACCUCAGAGAUAUGCAGUUGGGCAACAUGUCCAGGUUCAGUUCCAUCAGGCGCAUCAUGGAUUCCUGUUAA